GUGUGAUUUGCAUUCGUGGCGCGCCGCCGCGGGGCCAUGGCGGCGGCGCGGCACGGCGGCGGCCCGAGGGGCAGGCCCGGGGGUCUGCGCGGCGGAGAGAAGCAGUGCUCAUGGGCUUCCUACAUGACCAACUCCCCAACGCUGAUCGUCAUGAUCGGCCUGCCUGCACGCGGCAAGACCUACGUGUCCAAGAAGCUCACCCGCUACCUCAACUGGAUCGGGGUGCCCACCAAAGUGUUUAACUUAGGAGUGUAUCGCCGGGAAGCGGUGAAGUCUUACAAGUCCUAUGACUUCUUCAGGCAUGAUAACAAAGAAGCCAUGGAAAUCCGCAAGCGAUGUGCCCUGGUGGCUCUACAAGACGUGAAGGCAUAUCUCUUGGAGGAGUGUGGGCAAAUAGCUGUGUUUGAUGCGACCAACACCACUCGAGAAAGACGGGACCUGAUACUAAGUUUUGCUAAAGAAAAUGCUUUCAAGGUGUUUUUUGUGGAGUCCGUCUGUGACGAUCCAGAAGUCAUUGCUGCCAAUAUCCUGGAGGUGAAGGUUUCCAGCCCUGACUACCCAGAGAGAAACAGGGAGAACGUGAUGGAUGAUUUCCUGAAGAGGAUAGAGUGCUACAAGGUCACUUACCAGCCUCUGGAUCCUGAUGCCUAUGACAAAGAUCUUUCCUUCAUUAAAGUGAUCAAUGUGGGACAGCGGUUCCUAGUAAACAGAGUCCAGGAUUACAUCCAGAGUAAAAUCGUCUAUUACCUAAUGAACAUUCAUGUCCAGCCGCGUACCAUCUACCUUUGCCGACAUGGUGAGAGUGAAUAUAAUCUUGUUGGCAAGAUUGGUGGGGAUUCUGGUCUGUCACCACGUGGGAAGCAGUUUGCUCAGGCGCUGAAGAAGUUCCUUGAGGAGCAGGAAAUCGUUGACCUGAAGGUGUGGACGAGCCAGCUGAAAAGGACGAUCCAGACGGCCGAGUCCCUGGGGGUCAUGUACGAGCAGUGGAAGAUUCUCAAUGAGAUCGACGCUGGGGUAUGUGAAGAAAUGACCUAUGGAGAAAUUGAAGUCAAGUAUCCAGAUGAGUUUGCAUUGAGAGAUCAGGAGAAAUACCUUUAUCGCUAUCCUGGAGGCGAGUCCUACCAGGACUUGGUCCAGCGCCUGGAGCCAGUAAUUAUGGAGCUGGAAAGGCAAGGCAACGUCCUCGUCAUCUCCCACCAGGCGGUUAUGAGGUGCCUCUUGGCUUAUUUUCUUGACAAGAGUGCAGAUGAGCUGCCCUACCUGCGAUGCCCUCUCCACACCAUUCUGAAGCUCACACCUGUGGCAUAUGGCUGUAAAGUGGAGACAAUCACCCUGAACGUGGAAGCAGUGAACACCCAUCGUGACAAACCCUGUCUGAACUCAAACAAGCUUCCCUCCGGCCAAAGCCCUGCGAGGAUGAGAAGGAACAGCUUUACGCCGCGGGCCAGCGCGGACACGGUAAAGCGCCCGCGCCAUUACAGCGUUGGGAGCAAACCUCUCGACCUCGUGGGGCCUUUCCCAUCCCUGGAAGCUCGAGAUGGGGCCGACCAGCAGCAGCUGCAAGUUGAGGUCCAGCCUCAAGGGGGAAUUGCUUGCCUGUGAGUAUCACUGAAAGCAGCUUCUAUGUACUCUCUUUUGGUCUAGGAGCCUGCAGCCAGCAUCACCCACGAACCCUUGGCUUCCCCCUCAACCUCUGAGUAAGGGGCUUGGAUGAGACCACGGCUGCUGCCCCAUGCACAAAGGCUGGAGAUGCCCUCGCUUCGCUGUGCUCCCACCAGCCCUGCUCUGCUGGUGCCUGGGGCAGACCCUGCUGCAACCCUGCUCUUGGCUCCUCGGGUGUUUCUCCUCCUGCAGUACACACAGUGCUGAUGGGUUUUGUCUUGUGAAGGGGGGUUUUGCUGCUCUGUCUGGGGACCUGGCUGCAUUAUUGCAGAGCAGGUCCCUGCAUGGGGCUGUGGGAUGGCUCUUGGCAGCUCUCACAGUGCAUCCUCUGCGCUGAGCCAUGCUCAUCCCCAUGCACUGCGGUGACCCACAGUAUCUGGCUGCAUCCCUCAUCUUUGGGAUAACAGUGAUGUCCCUCUCUGGGAGCAGCAGGCUGUGCUGGGGAGCACCCAAGGGUGGUGGUGCCUAAGGGUGGGCUCAGAGAUGGCACAAGCUGUGUCCUUGGGGGCUUGCUGUUGCUGCACAUGGGCUGCUGGGGUUGUUGCUGACCUGCUCUUGCUCUCAGCAAGGCUCUGCUCCCUCCUUGCCUCUGCCCUUGGACAGAUCCUCUCACUCCUGGUGCUCUGGUGUCAGAGAGCUGGGUUAUGUGCAAAGAAAGUAAAGCAGGAGCUGGUUCAGUUUCCAGAUGCCAAGUGUUGAAACAGGGUCCAGGUUUGGGUGGUGAGCUCCUGUUUCCCCUGUGGCAGGGUGUUCCCCUUGCUGUCAUAGGAUGCAGCUCAUCCCUUCCAGAGAAGGGAGGUGCAGCUCCUGCCUCUGCUCAGGUAAUGUUCCUCCAGCCCUGAGAAACUCCCCCUUGAAUGUAUUUGGCUUUUGGAUGUGCAGUUUUCUGCUUUAAUUGCACUUUGUCCUUGAAGUGAAGCUCUUCCAACCAUUCUGUCAAUGCAGCUGCUCUUACUCUGUCACCGCGAUGUUAUGGGACACAAAGGUAUGGGAUUGAUCCCAAAGUGACAUGCCUCUGUCUCCUGUUUGCUAGUUUGGGAUAGCAUUUUGAAUAAUGCUGCAGAGUGUUCUUACUGACCUGCCAAAGCUGUGGAAGCGCACAAAGCAUCAGGCUCAGGUCCUGCUGCAGAGCAUCUCCCAGGCUGGGAUGGCAACUUGAGAAUGGUCCAGCCAGUAGUGAUGCCAAAAGGGCCUGUUUCUCCUAAAGCUGCCUGUCUCUCUGUGUUUCAGAGGCCUUAAUGUUGAUGAUGAGGGGGAAAAGGAGAAAGAACCUGAGCUGGGGAGCUUGUGCUAAAUCUGAGAAAUUAUUCCUGUACUAAUAUUAAUUUAGAAUCCAAUCAGAGGAAUAUUAUCCAUAGGCUAAAAAUCAAAGCCUUGCCCCUUUGGAUUUGCCUUUGCUCUGGGCCGUGUGGUUAGAAAAUGAAUGUAUGUACUUGGAGUGCUUCUUUCCCCCUAUAUUUAAACAAAUAACACAGAUUUCCUAGGAGGGGAUGCAGAUAAAUGAUAGCAACUUGGUCCAGCUUCCUCAAUUCCAGUACAAACUUCCUUCCUUCCUAGUACUGCUGUUUUGCUUGAGAAGGUAGCAUGUGAGCAGCUCUUAUGGAUUAGCCCUGAUGAUGGUUACUCUCGAAGUGUCCUUGUUGGGAAAACUGUUUUAAUUUUCCUUUGCUUUGGUUUUUAAUUGCAAAUAGAACAUAUGCAGGGUCUGGAUUUCCCAACUGCUGGAUUUCAGGUGUUGGUUGGCAGCAAACUGGCUCCAGAGCUGUGCCAUUGGUUCUCUUAAUGGCAAACCAGUGCUGGUGCAGUAACAAAGACAGCUUAGACCUAUUGAUUCACACGUUGGUUUGCAGUGUGAGUGCUGCAUCUGAGCAGGGCAGGCACUGGCCAUGGCACAAAAGGAGCCUUUUCUGUGCUCUGAGACAUUGCAUGAACAGCAGCUGUAGGAAAUCCUGGUUAAUGGGUUUUAACUUGUGUGAUUUGAAUUCACUUGUACUGACCUGAGUGUGUUUGUGGUGUCUGUUGAGCCCUCACUGAGGCAGUAGUUCUAUCAAAACUAGAAGUAUUUAUUGUGGUUAAUAUGUGAAAUGAUUCCUAUAAUGUUUCUUUGUUCUGGAAGUGUAUUUUCCUAUGGAGAAGAGAAAUAAAAGUGAGCAACCCUCA